GCGUUACUCGAUCAUUUACAAUAUGCUGCAUACUAGCCCUCUCUCUCUCUGUAUAUGGUAUCCAGCACGGGCACUACCUGACAAAUGGGAAACAAAGGACAUUAACGCAACUAGCAAAAUAAUGGAGGGGUUUUCGAGAGACUGCGCAAGGGAUACAAACGCGGUAUAGAGGCCGAGCUGCGAAAGAUGGAUCCCGGGCUCAGGUUCCCGGCUGGUUUUGACGUGCUCAUGGGCGAGGUGGAUAGCCUGGGGGGUCAGGGUGGCCGCAGUGCCACGUGGGGGCGCGGCAGGUGCGGUUCUGGGAAGGGCUGGAGGAGGACGAGGUUGGGAGUCGCGUGUUUGGGCUUGAUGGCGAUGUCGCUGAGCAGCUUCGUUUGGAGGGGUGUGGGGACUAGUGUUGAGUUGGAGUGUGGUGCGGGGCCCGAGACGAUUUGUUUCGUUGCGUAUUGCCGGCAGGAAGGGGCUGGUAAGGAGUGGCAGUGGAGGUAUGGAGCUGAGCACGGACAGUAUGGGAUACUGGAGGUGUUAAAUAAUGUGUUGUUGUUGUUGGUGUAAUAUAAAAUGCUGUAUGUGCCGCCUUUGGUCUAUGGCCUUGAUGUGUAUGUACAUGGGGGAUAUAUUCAGACAAUAGAAAUCUAGUGUUUGUGAGCAGCGAUUGAAGAGUACCUACAUUCAUUUACAGAUGCCUCCCAUACUUAGAUAUUCUUCGUCACUACGUCGAAGUUUGUAAUAGGGGUCGUAUCUCAGUUCUUGAAUUCUAUUUAUGACGAU